AUGGUACGUACCCAUCAAGAGAUUAGAACAGAUCUAUCCUCUGCAGGGAGGGGGAAUAGAAAUAUAGACUUUUCCGAGGGGCAAGAAGAGAGCCCUUUGGAAGAUACUGCUUCACAUGCACCGGUAGUAUCGACUCAAGCAGGGCAUGAAGAAUUGUCGGGGCCUCAAAUUAGACAGGCAUCAAGGCAAAUUGGGGAUGUUCGGCCAACCAUGUCAGCUCCGGGGGAACGAGUAGAGGAGCCCCCUCAGACUACACCUGCAGGGCCAUCUGUUUCUUAUGUUGAUCCGAUGCUCUUAGCCCAGCUAGUCAAAGCAGUAAUGGAAGGUAUGGCUAAUGCUGCCACUCCUAUGCCAGCACCCGCACCUGCACCCAUCAUACCAACCGUUUCAGAAGCAGUUACAGCUACUAAUAACGUGGUACAACUAGUUCGUUUGGUGAAAAGUAUGAGAGAAAUGGUUGUGAACCCUACUCAGGUGAACAGAAUGCUGAAGUGGCGGGAAGACGGUGCUAUGACUUGGUGGGAGACAAUUCAGUUGAAGAGGGCUACAGAAACCCUAUCUUGGGAUGACUUCAAGAUAGAGUUUGAGAAUCAAUACUACUUCAAAUAUCAUCGGAAGAUGAAGGAACAUGAAUUCCUAGCUUUGAGACAGGAGGGAAUUUCAGUGCUCGAGUAUGAGAGACGAUUUUAUGACCUCUCACUAUUCGCAUCGCAUUAUGUCCCAUCAGAACAACACAUGAUAGAAAAGUUAAGGAAUGGCUUCAGACAAGAAUUGAAGCAGGGGUUGAUUGCUUUGCAAUUCAAGACAGUAAGGGAACUGAUUGAAGCAGCACAGGCCUUGGAGGCUUGUAUGGAAGAAAGCCAACAAAGUCAUGGGGGUACAGGAAAAAGAAAGGAUAUGGAAUUUUUAGGCAGGCCACCACUUCCAAAGAAAGGGCUACAGCUGCAAGGGGGCAUAAUGAUCAGAAGGAAAUUGGCUACCCUCGAUGUGCUCAGUGUGAACAAAAACACCCAGGGAGUUGUAUGGUUUCUCCUGGACAAUGCUAUAUAUGUCGAGGAGAAGGUCAUAAGUGGAAAACCUAGACAUAGGCAGCAAAGUCAGAGUCAUCAGCAGUCUAUCACAGUAAACAGACCGGGAAGGUCGACUCAGUCAGGAGCUAACUCAAAUAGGGGACGAACUAGAGUGCAAAAUGAAAGGGAUCAAGGAAGGGUUUUCCGUAUGACCCAGGAGGAUGUCAAAGCAGCAUCAGAUGUGGUGGCAGAAAAAGGUAAAAUAGGACUGUCUGACAUUCCAAUUGUGAGGGAGUUUCCGGAUGUAUUUCUGGAAGAAUUGCCAGGACUACCCCCAGAAAGAGAAGUUGAAGUCACCAUAGAUACAUUUCCUGGGGUGUCUCCUAUAGCCCAACCACCGUAUAGAAUGGCCCCAAAAGAAUUGGAUGAGUUGAAAAUUCAAUUGCAGGAGCUUUUAGACAAAGGGUUCAUACGACCAAGCAACUCACCUUGGGGGCACCUAUAUCCACUUCCGCGGAUAGAUGAUUUGUUCGAUCAGUUGAAGGGUGCCAAAGUAUUCUCAAAGAUUGAUUUAAGAUCAGGAUACUACCAAAUGCAAAUCAAGGGGCAAGAUGUUUCGAAAACUGCCUUCAGAACUCACUACGGACACUUUGAGUUCUUAGUGCUACCCUUUGGAUUAACUAAUGCUCCAGCUCUUUUUAUGGAUUUAAUGAACCGAGUAUUCCAACCAUACCUUGAUAAAUUUGUUGUCGUAUUCAUCGAUGACAUUUUGGUUUACUCCAAAUCCUAUGAGGAGCAUGAACAACACCUGAGACAGACACUACAGACUCUGAGGAGCCGCCAGUUGUAUGCCAAGUUGGAUAAAUGUGACUUCUGGUUAAAGGAAGUUACCUUUUUGGGGCUUGUAGUGUCUUCAAAAGGCAUUUUUGUGGACCCUCAGAAGGUGGAAGCAGUUUUGAGAUGGGAAAGGCCUACUACGGUAACUGAAAUUCGUAGUUUUCUCGGAUUGGCAGGGUAUUAUAGAAGAUUUAUCGAAGGGUUUUCAAUGAUAGCAACUCCAUUGACACGGCUCACCAGGAAGAACAUAAGGUGGGAGUGGUCAAAGAAGUGCGAGGAGAGCUUUCAAGAAUUGAAAAGAAGACUUACUACUGCCCCCGUACUAAUCCUUCCAUCCAAAACAGAAGGCUUUGUAGUCUACAGUGAUGCCUCAAGAAAAGGACUGGGUUGUGUUCUAAUGCAGUAUGGAAAAGUAGUUGCCUAUGCAUCGAGACAACUGAAGACUCAUGAAGUCAACUAUCCAGUUCACGACUUAGAAUUGGCAGCAGUAGUUUUCUCUUUACGAGUAUGGAGGCACUACCUAUACGGAUCUCAGGUCCAAAUUUUCACGGAUCAUAAGAGCCUUAAAUAUCUGAUGUUGCAGAAGGAGUUGAAUAUGCGACAACGGAGAUGGGUAGAAUUAAUUAAAGACUACGACUGUAUUAUAGAUUAUCAUCCAGGAAAAGCAAAUGUCGUCGUGGAUGCUCUCAGCCGUAAAGACAAAGUGAUUAAGAGUGGACCAACGACUUGGAAUGAGGAAACCAUGAUGGAGCUAAAGAGAUUGGGGGCAAUAUUAAGUUGGGAGAUGAUCACAAUGGACUUUGUGUCGGGACUACCCAGAGGAAAGAGGGGAAAUGAUGCAAUCUGGGUCAUUGUGGAUCGACUAACUAAGUCUGCCCUUUUCCUACCAGUAAAGAUGACAGAUCCAGUUGACAAGUUGGCUAAGAUUUAUGUGAACGAAGUUGUAAGACUUCAUGGAGUCCCAAUAUCAAUUGCUUCAGACCGAGACCCAAGAUUUACUUCACGUCUCUGGUCGAGCAUACAACGUGCCUUGGGGACAAAUUUGAGUAUCAGUACUGUCUUUCAUCCACAGACUGAUGGCCAAUCUGAGAGAGUGAUUCAGAUCUUAGAAGAUUUACUUAGGGCAUGUGCUUUGGAAUUUGGUGGAAACUGGGAGGAGCACCUGUCACUAGUAAAAUUCACGUAUAACAACAGUUAUUAG